GCCCCGCCCAUCACUAUUCAACUCUUGUAGUUGAUCAUCAUGGAUUAGUGAUUCCAGUGUGAGGAAUAAACUUCAGACUCGUAGACACUCGUCAAAUAAUCCUUAUGUCUGCAAACGAGGAGCGCACUUUCAUUGCUAUCAAGCCGGAUGGGGUGCAGAGGGGUCUGGUAGGAGAAAUCAUCAAACGAUUUGAACAGAAAGGAUUCAAGUUAGUUGCUAUGAAAUUAAUCCAGGCCAGUGAGGAGCUUCUCACACAGCACUACAUUGACCUGAAGGACCGGCCAUUCUUUCCUGGGCUUGUCAGUUACAUGUCCUCUGGCCCUGUGGUUGCUAUGGUGUGGGAGGGUUUUAAUGUUAUAAAAACCAGCAGGGUAAUGCUUGGUGAGACUAAUCCUAUAGACUCUAAGCCUGGGACUAUUCGUGGUGACUUGUGCGUUCAAGUUUCCCGGAACAUCAUCCAUGGCAGUGAUUCAGCAGAUAGUGCCGACAAUGAGAUCAACUUGUGGUUCAAACCAGAAGAGCUAUGCGACUACUCUAAAUGUCAACAUAACUGGCUCUAGGCUGAAAGCUUUUUCUGCACAUCCUGC